CUCAGCAGAACAGCUCAGAGUGGCAGACGCAGAGAGGCCGCUCGUUUCUCCCAUUCCGCUGGACUGGGAGAGACUCGGGAACUGAGAUUCAGGAAUGAUGCUUUAUGUAUGGGCUCUGCUUUUCUUUUUCCUGCUGAACGAGAAAGGAUCGGUUGCUGCUGAUCCAGUCACUGACCGUCAAGGCAACCCAGAACGGAACAACUGGUGCGACAACCACAAUACAAUCCACAGGCGUUUAGAUAACAUCCAAGAGCAGGUAGAAAAAACAGUUGACCAUGUAGAAUCAGAAGUCAAGUCCUUACUCGGUGCUGUAAGUGAAACGGCGUGGAACGUUGCUCCCGGAAUGCCACUCAUGGACAUCUUUGAAGAUCCCAGCUGAGCAUCACGAAGAUGGACAAAAAGACAGCUUGUAAAUAUGCCAAACCAUCUGAAUAAUUCACGCAGAAUUUCUUUUCAUAAGCUUUUAAACUAAAAGGGUACGUUUAGCCUCUGGAUGGACAGUAUUUCCUAGUGAGCACCUGUAGUUCAGUAAAAUUCACUCACAAUAAAAAGUCACAUUCAUUCAGAAGGAAA